AUGCUGCGCCACAGGAGAACCAUUUCGCAUCAACAGGAGCAGGAGAGACGAACGGCCGAGUACAAGGCUCGACUGGACAGCGAGCUGUACCAGAGUAAGCUGGAGGACCAGCAGAAGCAAAUUGAUCAGCAGUUGCAGAUGCAGCAUGAUCAGUUUCUGCGACAAGAAGAGAUGAGGAAAAGGAACAACAUGGAGUUGGAGGAGGACGAUGUGAGCUUGAUGCUUCUUGAUUCUAACAUAUUCUAA